GAAUCACUGAUCAUGAGAGGGGCUUAUAAUGUAUAAAUACCACCCAGUUAGCACGAUAUUGUCAUUACUCUCUUUUCUUCUCAUAGCUUCAUCAAUUUGAAAGAUGCCUUCAGUCCGCCCUUUGUUCGUGGUUGCUGGUAUCGGCGAUGGCAGUGGGACCGGAGCUGCAACCGCCCGUCUCUUCGCCAGAUCUGGCUACAGAGUAGCUCUGAUCUCCCGAGGACCAGAUUAUCUCAAUAAACUCGCUACAGAGCUCAACCAAGCAGGCGCAGAGGCUACAGCAUUCCCUCUCAAUGACUACACCCCCGCAUCCAUCAAGUCCGCAUUCGCUUCCAUCAAGUCUCACUGGCCGUCCUCCCCUCUCCGUGUUGCGGUUUUCAACGCGGGCUACGGUGUCUGGAAGCCAUUCCUUGAUAUCACGGAAGACGAAGUCCGUGAAUCGAUCGACACUAACGUUUUAGCGGCUUUUGCCUUUGCACGCGCGGCCCUUCUCGAGUUCACAAAGCUCGAGCUUGAGACCCCGAACGACGGUGGAGUUGCUGGCGAUGCUCGUAAAAGGGGCACCCUCAUUUUCACCGGCGCAACGGCUUCUAUCCGAGGCAACACCACAACGUCUGCGUUUUCUGCGGGCAAGUUUGCGAUAAGGGCUUUGUCGCAGAGCUUAGCCAAGGAGUUCGGCAAGCAGAAUAUACAUGUUGCUCAUAGUAUUAUCGACGGCGGCAUCCUCACCGACCGCACCAAAUCUCAACGCAAGGACCCCUCUUGGGAGGCUAAUCAGGAUGUUCGACUUGACCCCAAUUCUAUCGCAAAGACCUACUUGCACCUCGUGGAGCAAGAUAGUUCAGCCUGGGCUUGGGAAAUCGACCUGCGUCCUGCCCACGAAAAGUGGUGAACAACUCGACCAGCAUGUUUUGGUCUGGAGUCAAAGUACAAUCAGAAAUCAUUGGAUUCGUAAGUCUUGCUAUGUAGUUAUGUCGUUGGUGUAUACGCCUUGUUUUCAUUUGUUACGUCCUGUUGCUCUUCUGUUCCUCGAAAGCAGUCUUUCACCUGCGGUGCAAUGUGUCGUAGCAAUUAGAAGGUUAGACAGAAUCUAUCUUACCUGCUGCAAAAAUCCACGGUCCGUGAUUGCGCGCAUGCCAACG